AUGGUUAGAAAGAGAGAUCAAUUUUGGGAUCAUGCAAAGCAAGAAGAUGGCAAAUUUACGUGCAAUUUCUGCCACAAAACAUUUCCCGGCGGUGUUUCAAGACUUAAGUCGCAUUUAUCUGGGAUUAGAGGUGGUGGUAUAGACAUAUGCACCGAGGUCUCUGAAGAUGUUCGAGGUGCCGCUGCUGAAGCAAUUUCUGCUAAUCCUCACAAGAGAGCCAAGGCUGAAGCCCUUUCAGUUAAGACCGAGGAGACUUUGCCAAAAAUGCUUAUCAGUAAGGAUGGCGUUAUGCCGGAUCAAUUGCUCGCUAAGUUCAUCCUCUUUAAUGGUGUUGAUGUCAACAUUGUGCAGAGGCCAUCCUUCAUUGACUUUGUGAAUGCUGUGGCUAAACAUGGCUCUCAUUAUAAGUUGCCAUGUUGUUCGGUUGUCAAAACAAAGUUAGUGCCUGAUUUGCAAAAGGAAAUUGGAGAGUAUGUGGCAAAUGUGAAGAAAUCAUGGGUUAGAACUGGCUGCACGCUCAUCAAUAAUGUUUGGCAGGGUGAGAAGAGAUCCUUCAUGUAUAUCUUUGCUUAUUCAAUUGAAGGGGUGGUCCUAUUGAAUGCGUUGGAAAUCCCCAGUGAUGAGUCAACCUUAGAUUUGGUGGACGAGAUUUCAUAUUUUGUCACUCAAGAAAUUGGGGCCAACAACGCCGUGCAGCACAUAGCCGGAAAUGAUAAAUAUUUUUUUGAAAGUAUGCCAAAUGACGACGAUCCCUAUGUGUACAAGACUACAUGCGUUGCCUAUAAAACACAACAUUUGUUCAAGAAAAUAUAUGAAGAUAUAUUAUGGAUUCGAAACGCAUUUGAUCAAGCAAGAGCAGUUGUCACUCAAGAGCAUGACGGCGUCUUAUCAUCGAUGAAGCAGUUCACAGACUACGUAGGGUUGCAACAAUCAUCAAUGAUAGAAUUUUACUCUGACUAUUAUAUGCUUCAAUCAAUCAUGAGACUUGAAACUGAACUGCGAUUUUUUGUUUCAUCACCCGAGUGGCUUUCGUUGGGUUUUGAAAAGGAUGAAUCAGGCAUAGAAGUGGGUGAAAUCAUUCGCAGUUCUGAAUUUUGGAGUGAAGGGAGAGAAGUCUUGCGUGCUCUGGAACCAAUAUUUCGAGUACUCUGUCUAGUUGAUGGCUACAGCGCUACUUUUGGGUUCUUGUAUGCAGCUGUGGAAAUGGCAGAUGAGGCUAUUAGACAAAUAUAUGAGACUAAUGUUCCUAAAUAUCAGACUUUAUGGGAGAUGUUCGAGGUUUGGCGGGAUGAUAUUAGUCAUCCAUUAUAUGCUGCUGCUGCUUUUCUCAACCCUGCUUACAUGUGUGGCAAGAAGUUCAUAGAAAAUGAUGCGAUGAAAGAUGGCAUGGAUUUCAUGUUGAAAAUAUUGGUAGGUGUUGAAGAAAAGGAAAAUUUUAAGGAAGAAAUGCUUUGCUAUCGUGACAAACUGCCAAACUUGUUCGCAAAGACAGUGUUACGAACAUCUCACCCCUUGUUGCAUAUGAAGGUGACUGGUGGAACUCUUGCGGUUAUGUCCUUCCUGUAUUGA